GCAUGGGGUCACACUGUUUAUCGGACAUUGAAAUCGACAUCGGAUCGGCUGUGUUUUCUCGGUUGUUGUUGUUCUUGUGCCGCGAUCGAAUUUGUUUGGAGUUGCUGGAAGCAAAUUAUUAUCAUAAUUAACUGCUAAGCCGUUUGUGGAUACCACCAGCUGUGGCGAAAAGUAUGCAAAGUGCCUUGGCAAAACAGCCGCAUUUCAAGAAAAGAGCCAUAGAAAGGAGCCAGCGUGUGUGAAAGAGAGAGAGGGGGAAACUCUGCCCAUGCGCACAGCUGAUCCCAGGACCUGGCCUAACGGUAACUCGAUUGUCUGGGACGAAUAACGAACGUUGAGAAACGGUACGCUGAAAUCGAAAUAGUAAUCGCAAUCGAGAGCGAGCUAGAAUCGGAAACGGAAACGGAAGUCUCCUUGAAUAGAGGGAUCGAAAGCCGGAAGGCAACCAGCCGCCAUCGAAGAGCGGAAACCAAAACAAAAAAAAAAACACCACAAAACAGGUGAAAAGCCUUACAAAAAAUAAUAACAAGAGCUAAGCAGUGAAGCAAAAGCACCACCGAAAAAAUGUUCCAAGCCCUGCCCCGUCCAUCGCAAACCAUGCUCCACUGCGGAGCGGCGGCCAUCGUCACAGUCAUCCUUAUGGCCUGGGUACGACCACUGGGCGUAUUAUUUCUGGGAUUACUUGGUUAUUGGAUUUAUUGGACACGCUGCAGCUUCCGUAUUGUGCCCACGGACGAGUUGCGUGGAAAGAUUAACGUCUGGCUGCAAAGGAUCGAGGAUUGGCGUCAUAGUAGCCCCAGUAUGUUCUGUUUGGUCAGCAGCGGUUGCCUGGGCACCCUGGCCGUGCUCGGGCAUCUCAUCUCCGGCUCCACAUUGGUGCUCACCAUUCUGGUUGUCUCUGCCCUCGUCUCCACCAAGUACAACUUUAAGCUGCUAAAGAUUGAGCACAAGGACUUCCAAUGGUCGGAGAAGCUCAACUACAACAACUUGGAGGCGGAGGCAGAUGAUGAAUUCCUGCCCGAUGUGAAUGAAACGAAUCUGUUUGUACUGGAGCGGGCUAGCGAUGUGGCCACCAUAAGCUCACCCACAGAUGCCAACGACGAGGAGGAUGAUGAGCGCAGCGAUGACAUUCCCUCAGAGCUGCUCAUACCGGAUGUAAUACCCGAAAUUGAUGAGCACUCUACGGAUGAGGAUGAUGAUCUGGCCCCGCUGGCUUCCAAGAAGCAGCAGCAACAGCAGCAGGAGAAGCACAGCGCCGCUGUGGCAACGACCAAACAGAGCGACAGCGAGCGCGAUGAUAUGAACUUCCGAAAGGGACACUUUAAGCGCGAUUCAUCGCUAUCGACCACCUCGUCAUCGUCGGAGGAGAGUCUGUCCAAGGGACUGCAGUUCCCCGAUCACACCACCGUGGAUUCAGCGACGCGUGGCAAUCAGCAAUUGCGUCAGCUAACCGAUGGCUCUUCCUCAACGCUGGAUCCUGCCAGUGAACUUGUGGCGCUGGCGGUUAAGACCCAAGCGCAGACUUUGCUGGCCAAUAGCGGCAAACUGCUGCCCAGCUUGGUCUCCGGUUUGGUGCAGUGGGGAGCGGGAGCAGCUGCUGCUGGUGGUGGUGAUGCUACCGUAGCCACUAUGGAUGAAGCGAGUCAGCGGGAGCAACAGCGACGUAUGGUAACCGCUUUGGACUCGUCCGAUGAGAGUGACUUUGAGAUACUUGAAACGGAUGAUUUCAAGUAAAGUAUCGGAGCCGGAUCUGGUCUGGUUUAUGGAUCGGUAUCCGGGUGCGAUUUAUGCCGUAUUAUAUAUAAAGCUAUUAUCUAAAACAUACAUACUACAAGCACACACGCUGACAUAACACACACAACACGCAGACAGACAGAUGAACGAACGAAGGCGGCAUAGGAGUUGGUUUUAUGUAUAGUUUCCCCGGUGGAUAUCAGUUGUAUCACAAGUAUAAUUUGCUAAACUGAUACAUAUAUAAACUAAACUAUAUAAUUUACUAUAUACUUUAAUCCUUUAAAAUUAAGCCAAAAAUGUUUUCUGAUGUUUAUACUUUUGUUUAACCUUAUUUGCUUAAUCCUAUUAUUAUUAUUAUUAUGACUAUAAUUAUGGACUAUAGUUUGUAUUUUCCUUUAACUUUUUGUUUCGUUUUUAUUUGCGACAAAGAACAGAGAGACAGUAUGCGACAUGUACAUAUACUACUUACACACAAACACACUCACCUAAUAUGUAUGGUUUAUAUAGAAGGGCGUUAAUCUACUUAAUCUGAACCCAAAUCCAAGCAAUUCAAACACCAAAAAACAACAACAACAGCAGGCAAAAAGCAAAA